AUGGCGACGGAGGGUUUGUGCAGUGGGUCACCGUUUCCUCUCACGCGGCUGCCCCCCGAGCUGCUCGUUUAUGUGCUCGAGAACCUCAACGCCAAGUCACUGUGGUAUGCCGAGAGAGUAUGCCAGGCUUUACGACAUGCAGCACAUAGUGCUUUCCGGGGAGUAUACGGCCCUGGUGUCCGACACCGAGUGGCUCUAUCGCCUUCACCAUUGCGGGAGCUCGCAAUCGAGGAGUACAAACUAGACUGCAACCCUUUCCAUUACACGUGGGAGAUUACGGCCCUCUUGUACGCCAUAUAUGAGCACGUCCACUCUCCCAUAGACAGUGGCAACCAGUCGUUUGCGGUCUUCAGCCUGCUCAGCCUGCGACGUAGUGAUGCUGCACACAGUCCAGUCUGGCUAGAAACCGUGGCGCUGGCCCUCAUGAUACAGGGCCGCCUGAGGGAAGCCGACAAGUACUACGCUCAGCUCGCCGCCAUCGGGCCGCCGUCAGAAGGAAUGGUCAUAGCUCAGGCGCGCUACGGCUCGCACAAGCGCUUCGUCGAGGCUCUCCAGCGCCUUGGCGCCGAACCAAGCUCCGCAAUGCUGGACAAACUCGUCAUCGGGGCCGCCGCUCGCGGUGACGUCGACCUGCUCGAGUACCUGUGCGCCAAGUAUGUGAUCAAUCUCUGCUGCAUAGUCGAUCGUCACAGCGUGGCGUCGGCGGCCGCCUCUGGGGGGCAGAACACGGUGCUGGAGUUCCUGCAGGGUCGUGGUGUAGACAUUACCGGCCACCACCUAUGGCCGUCGCCCAUACUCGCGGCAGUCAAUCACGGCCACUACGAAACUGUCAGCUACCUGCUGGCCAAGGGAGCUCCCACCAAAAUCGACGGGGAAUUUCUCGCCGUACAUGCCAUCUGGAGAGGGCGCCUGAGUGUGCUCCGGCUCUUGAGCUAG